AUCUCUUUCUCAACUCAUUGAAAAGACGUCCCUUUUUACACUUAGGUCAAUGACUCAGUCUUAGUUCCCUUUUCAUGGAUCACUGCUAUGUUUUCCUUCUUGAAUAUCUCCUUUCAAUAGAUCUUUUUGUUGUCAUUAGCCUAAGUCACCCUUUCAGGUUUUCAACUUAGACCUUGCCCCCACUUCUUCUUCUCUCUUUUCUUCUUCUUUUUUUUUUUUUUGUUCAUAGAUGAGCAAGUUACAAAUCCUCUGAUAAGGACUUUACAUUGGCUUGUAUCGUGGUUUAGGGCUUGGCUAAUUAGAAAGAAAGAAUAAAAUGGCUCAAAAUUCCCUUUUCCCAUUGAAUCCCCUUACUAACACUCUUCUCACCCUAGGCUCUUGAUGUAGGACAAUUUAGAAAUAAAAUCGUCAGGCUUUUAUAAGUUAGACGAUUGCCUUUUCUUUUGGCUCAAAAAGGGUUUCUAAGGAUAAUUUCCAUGAUCAAAGGAUAAAGAAGAAUAGCCUUUCGUCAUUGGAUUCUUUACUUCCUCAUCAUGAACACUUUUUCUUUAUUUUGCCUAGACCACCCCAUUAGGCUUGUUUUAACCAUCUCUUCUCAUGGUCACAAGCUCAACCACAAGAAGAUUGACACAUCUUACGAUUUAAUGAUAGGAACAAGAAGAAUCUCUAUUGUCUUGUUGUCUAAAGCUUCACCAUGAGUAGGUAGAGUAAGCUUGUCAUCGCCCCUUCCUUCAUCAAUGACACAUAUGCUCAACUUCUCAAAAAGAAGUGCUCAAACCAUCAUUAUUUGUUGACGUAGUCACCUCAUGACCUUUAUCGGAAUCUUUCUCGAUCAUAUUAACCGUUGGACCAUCAUGUGUGGGUAAAGGGUUUUUAGUGAUAUUUGGACCAACAACCUCAGGUUCUGAUGUAAUUUGUAACUCCUUUGCAUCUAUCAGAUCUUGGACACGGUGCUUUAAAGCAA